ACAUACAUUUUGUGAGCAGUUUUUGUGUCACGACCGUGUGCGACACUUUAAAAUUGCAAUACUCGGUAGAAAUAAAUCUAUGACAUUGACAACCAUUUCUAAGUUUUUUUAGAACGGCAACAAUAUCAUCUUGUUAGUAUUGCAAAUGGCUAAGAGCGUUGAGACCAGUAUAAAAUCAAUCUGCUUUUACAUUUUAAAAAAAGGACAACCUUAACUCGUCAACGCCGUGUAGAUACCGCUUGCUAAAAAUGGAGUGCGCUAAGGGCACCCGGGUUACAGUUGGGCGCGAACCCGGGCUCAGGGCGUCGUCUGAAGGGAUCACCUACCUAGUUCGCUGCGACGCACAUAUGAACGAACUGCCCAUCCCCUGUGGACCCUGGGACAUAUACUAUAAAGAUCAACAGGCCUGGUACAAUAAGUGCUUAGCAGUGGGAGCCAUAUGGUGGCUGUUUUCCCUGUUCAUGAUGAUAUGGUCCGGCAGUUUUUACCUGAACUGGGGUCCGCCGGCGCAGCCCGGCCCGCCUAGUGACAUGGUUGAAGAGUGUGAAGACGAAUAAAAUGAUGCGAUAUACAACAAAGAAAUUAAAUAAGGGCCGAAGACAUAUGAAGCAGGCGAGACAAGAAGCGGCUGUGGUGGAAUUGUUACAUUACAUUAGCAAUAGAGAAGACGCCGAGAAAGAAGUCCCGCGGA